AUGGGUUUGUUGCAAAGUAGGCACUGCGGCAAGGACAUUUGGCUUGCCUUCAAGGAUCUUUGCCUGGUCUCGCCCCUGCCACGCUCAACGGCAGGUAUCGCGGUCGUGACACUGGCGUCUCUCUAUCUCCUACAAGUCUAUCGCCGAAAAAAACGAACGACGCCCAUACGAGGACCUCCGAGCCCAGGCUGGGUAUUUGGCUUUAGCAAGUCACGGCUGAAUUCUACCGCUGCAACUGAGCUGUACGAGCGUUGGGCCAAAGAGUACGGCCCAGUGUAUAAGGUUCCGGGUGUCUUUGGAAGCUCCAUGGUCAUAUUAUGGGACCCGAAAGCAAUCUCUCAUUUCUUUGCAAGAGACACAUGGUCGUAUAACCAAACUCCGUUCAACAAGAUCGCCCUUGAAGCAACGACCGGGAGAGGAGUGUUGUGGGCCGAUGGUGAAAGUCACAAAAGGCAGCGCAAGGCUCUCAACCCUCCCUUUACCGCGGCGGCUAUUCGUAGUUUGACAUAUGUUUUCCAUGAUGCCGCUCACAAGACAGCGAACGCUUGGGACGCUGAGAUAGAAUUGAACCAAAAAACACAUUGCGCAGUAAUUGAUGUUGAACGAUGGAUGAAUCAUAUCUCACUCGACAGUGCAGGCAUAGGCAUUCUUUCCCAUGACUUCGGCGCGCUCGAUGGAAAUGACUCCGAUGUCGUGAACGUCCUGAAUGCAUUUGGUUCAUCCACCCAUGUUUCCAGUAACUUGUUCAUAUUGGCACAAAACUUUCCUGCCAUUCUGAAGCUGCCAUUGCCUCGCACACAAUUCACCCGAAAGUUUCGCCUGAUAGUUGGCAAAGUAUGCGAGGAGAUGCUAUUGCGGACACGCAAGGAAAAGGAGACUGGCGGCGCUGAGCAAGGGGACAAAUCGUGUUUGGGUUUGCUCUUGAAAGCAGAGGGAUCUGGUGAGAGCACGGGACUGACUCCACAAGAAGUACUAGACGAGGCAAGGGUUCUCCUUCUCGCCGGCUUUGAGACCACUGCAGUCACUAUGACAUGGGCUUUAGUAGAACUUGCGAAGAAUCCAGACCUACAGGGGAAGCUUCGUGACGAGUGUCUAGAGUUUGGGCCAACCCCCUCAUAUGACGACCUCACGAAUAAGCUUCCUUACCUAGACGCUGUGGUGAACGAAGUUCUUCGCCUCCACGGACCAGUCAAAGAGAUCCCGCGAUUGGCUAUGCAAGAAGAUGUGAUUCCGCUCAGCGAACCCAUGCGCACAGCUAACGGUAACUUCACCGAGAGCGUAUGUAUCCCGAAGGGAACUGUGAUCGUGGUCCCGUUCGCUGCACUCAAUUGUUCCAUUAGCAUGUGGGGCCCUGACGCAGAGGCGUUCAAACCUUCUCGGUGGUUUGAAGGGGACGAGGGUACGCUUGGGGCCAGAGAAAACCUGCAUGGGUACCGUCAUUUAAUGACAUUCGGCGAUGGAGCGCGGAUGUGCCUAGGGAGACUAUUUGCGUUGACAGAGUUCAAGGCUGUGCUGUUCGUCCUUGUGCGAAAAUUUGUGUUUGAGAUGAUGGAUGGCCCUGGAGCGCAGAUUGUGGAGGGUUUGGGCACUUUACCAAGGCCGGGAGUUGUUGGGAAUGCUGGAAGUGCGCCUCUCCGGGUGCGUCGCUAUGAGGUUUGA